AUGCGUCCUGCCGCUAGACCUGUUGCCGGCUACAGCAUACGUCCUACCACCAGACCUGUUGCCGGAUACAGCGCGCGUCCUUCCACCAGUCCUGUUGCUGGCUACAACAUGCGUCCUUCCACCAGUCCUGUUGCUGGCUACACCACAUGUCCUUCCACCAGUCCUGUUGCCGGCUACAGCACAUGUCCUGCCACCAGACCUGUUGCCGGAUACAGCACGCAUCCUUCCACCAGUACUGUUGCCAGCUACAACAUGCGUCCUUCCAGCAGUCCAGUUGCCGGCUACACCACAUGUCCUGCCACCAGUCCUGUUGCUGGCAAUAGCACAUGUCCUGCCACCAGACCUGUUGCCGGAUACAGUGUGCGUUCUUCCACCAGUCCUGUUGCCGGCUACACCACAUGCCCUGCCACCAGCCCUGUUGCCGGCUACAGCACACGUCCUCCCACCAGACCUGUUGCUGGAUACAGCAUGCGUCCUUCCACCAGUCCUGUUGCCGGCUACAGCAUGCAUCCUGCCACCAGUCCUGCUGCUGGCUACAACACAUGUCCUGCCACCGGUCCUGUUGACAGCUACAGCACGUGUCCUUCCACCAGUCCUGUCGCCAACUACAGCAAGUGUCCUGCCACCAGUAUUGUUGCCGGCUACAACACAUGUCCUGCCACCAGUCCUGUUGGCGGAUACAGCACACGUCCUACCACCAGUGCUGUUGCCGGCUACAGCAUGGGUCCUUCCACCAGUCCUGUUGCCGGCUACACCACAUGUCCUGCCAUCUGUCCUGUUGCCAGCUACAGCAUGUGUCCUGCCACUGCUCCUUUUGCUGGCUACACCACGUGUCCUGCCACCGGUCCAGUUGCUUGUUACAACACGCAUCCUGCCCUCGGUCCUUUUACUGACUACAAUAUGAUUCUUGUCACAUGA